GUUCGCGUUCUACCUCUACUGCGGCUCCAUGCCUUUGAUGGGCCAGGUCUACAAUCCUAGCCCUCCGCCAGAUUCGAGCAUGGAGUCGCUCGAAACGUUCAAGCACUUUGUCGUCGGCUACCACAUGCUGAUCAUUCUUGGCAUAGCCUUCGCGUUGGAUUUGUGGUUUACCAUCCGCGGCAUGGUCCGGCAUCUGCCAGAAGCUGACGGUGAAGAGGAUGGUGCGGUUAUUACGAUGGACUCCACGUACAUGGAGGACGUGAGCAGAACCAUGGAUUCAAUGGGGAACCGGGCACUCCUCCUGGUCGGCUUCAUUCAGCAUGCGAGCGCAAGGUUCGUGAACCUAAGCCAAUCUGCUGACGGCCAGUCGUAUCAGGUGUUCUUGAAUGUGCUGUUUCCGUCCAUGGUCUCUUCUGGCUGUGGCUUUCUUCAAGCGGUGGUCUACCUCACCUUCAUGAGCACCACGCAGAUUCGUCGGCAAGGAAUGACAAUGUCAAGGGCCACAAAGUAUUUCACCACCAUCCUCCUGCGUGUAUGCGAUGCCAUCUUUAAGUUUGGUGUUUUUUGCGUACUCUUCGGUGCCGGCCUGACAG